GCUGCUUUACACGAACCCAGGCAACGAAUCGAAGCCAUAGUAGCUUUUUUGUCAUGCCCCAGGCUUGAUUUCACAACUGAGCGACAGAAGCCGAUCACCAUUAUGUAUUCCUUCUGCAGCAACUAUGGAGCGUACUAUCCCUCCCGUCGUAAUGCGGCAUGGAAUGCUGAUUUCAGCCGAGUUUUCAAAGCCUUACGUUCCGCUGCCCCUCGCUUCGACAUCAAUGAGCGUUCUAGUAUUGGAUCAACACUCACCUUACAUGCUGCGAGAAAGGACUACCUCAGUUUCAUGGAAGCUAUGCUCAUUGAAUGGGGCGAUGAUGUGGAUCUGAGUUUGAAAGAUGCCGAUGGUCUGACGGCAGUAGAUUAUGCCGUAAAGUGGGAUCUGCGCCUGACACUUGACAUGUUUGACAAAUGGCCACAGUUGUUCAGUCACGAGAAGCAAAGACUGGAGAGACUUCGCGAGGAGCAGAGGAAGUGAAAGCAAUGCCGUGCCACAGAUCAUACCUUAGCGUCCAAGUGUGAGCAGCAGGUAUGACUAUAGUGUUCAGAAACGUGGCAUCGCUUCUAGAAUGACAACAGGGCUGUUCAAUCUGAG